AGCUUCCCCUGCCUCCCUCCCCAAACCACGUGGACACCCGGCGACCCCCGAGCCCUUGUUCCUCGACAGCCGUCGUGGCUGAGUCACCGGCCGGCUCGGGUGGGGCGGCACUCGGGCACGUGGCGGCGCUCCCCGCCAGCCAUGUCCUGACCUCUGGCCUGCCGCACACCCCACCCCAGGGUGGAAAAAUUCCCCGUUGGGAGCUGCCAGACUUAAGGGGGAGGGGCGAGGAAGGGAUCAACGGGGGGCGGCUGGGAGAGGGCCGCCGGGGUGAGUCAGCGCUGGCCUCCGUGACCACCGCCGGCCCGAGCCUCGGCGUCCUUCCCUCUCUCGAUCGGGGCAGCAGCCCGAACUCGGGACAGACCCCACACGCCCCAGACCCGCCAAGGCGGAGAGUUACCUAGUGCAGACACCCACUUCCCGUAGUGCUACAUGCUGACGACCCGGCUGGCCGCCGGCGUUCAGACGCGCACAAAGGGCCACCCCUUCCUCCGAUCCAUUCAUUUUUUUUCCCCACUCCUGAUUCAGUUGAUGGACCCAGGCCGCGCGCCCUGAAGUGCCCGCAGUCGCCAUGGCCAUGCAGAAAAUCUUUGCCCGGGAAAUUCUGGACUCCAGGGGCAACCCCACGGUGGAGGUGGACCUGUACACGGCCAAGGGCCGAUUCCGAGCAGCUGUGCCCAGCGGGGCUUCCACAGGUAUCUAUGAAGCUCUGGAACUAAGAGAUGGAGACAAAUCGCGCUACUUGGGGAAAGGGGUCCUGAAAGCUGUGGAACAUAUCAACAAGACCCUGGGCCCCGCUCUGCUGGAAAAGAAACUAAGCGUCGUAGAUCAAGAAAAAGUUGACAAAUUUAUGAUUGAGCUGGAUGGGACGGAGAAUAAGUCCAAGUUUGGGGCCAAUGCCAUCCUGGGCGUGUCCUUGGCUGUGUGUAAAGCGGGAGCAGCGGAGAAGGGGGUCCCACUCUACCGACACAUCGCAGAUCUCGCUGGGAACCCAGAUCUCAUACUCCCAGUGCCAGCUUUCAAUGUCAUCAAUGGGGGCUCCCAUGCUGGAAACAAGCUGGCCAUGCAGGAGUUCAUGAUUCUGCCCGUGGGUGCCAGCUCCUUCAAGGAAGCCAUGCGCAUUGGCGCCGAGGUCUACCACCACCUCAAGGGGGUCAUCAAGACCAAGUAUGGGAAGGACGCCACCAAUGUGGGCGAUGAGGGCGGCUUUGCACCCAACAUCCUGGAGAACAACGAGGCCCUGGAGCUGCUGAAGACGGCUAUCCAAGCAGCUGGUUACUCAGACAAGGUGGUGAUUGGCAUGGAUGUGGCAGCUUCUGAGUUCUAUCGCAAUGGAAAGUACGAUCUUGACUUCAAGUCUCCUGACGACCCCGCACGCCACAUCACUGGGGAGAAGCUGGGGGAGCUGUACAAGAGCUUCAUCAAGAACUAUCCUGUGGUCUCCAUUGAGGACCCUUUUGACCAGGAUGACUGGGCCACCUGGACCUCGUUCCUCAAGGGGGUCAACAUCCAGAUCGUGGGGGAUGACCUCACUGUCACCAACCCCAAGAGGAUUGCCCAGGCUGUUGAGAAGGCGGCCUGCAACUGUCUGCUGCUGAAGGUCAACCAGAUCGGCUCGGUGACCGAAUCCAUCCAGGCCUGCAAACUGGCUCAGUCUAACGGCUGGGGGGUGAUGGUGAGCCACCGCUCUGGGGAGACUGAGGACACGUUCAUCGCCGACCUCGUGGUGGGGCUCUGCACAGGGCAGAUUAAGACUGGUGCCCCCUGUCGCUCGGAGCGUCUGGCCAAAUACAACCAGCUCAUGAGGAUCGAGGAGGCUCUUGGGAACAAGGCUGUCUUUGCUGGACGCAAGUUCCGUAACCCGAAGGCCAAGUGAGAAAGAAGCUGGAGGUCCCAGGCCCCCACUGGACAGACCCAGGUCUUCAAGCUCUUCCCUCUGAAAUAAACACUGGUG